GAACAACGUGGGUAAAAAAUAAUGUCACGUCCAUUGCUUGGUAAGGUGUGCGUAGUAACUGGUGCUAGUCGUGGCAUCGGUAAAGGAAUUGCAUUACAACUCGGAGAGGCUGGAGCUACGGUUUACAUAACAGGUCGAACAUUUACACCGAAUAACACACCAGUACCAGGAUCCUUACAGGAAACCGCAAAACAGGUCGAGGAACGUGGUGGCACCUGUAUACCAGUGAAAUGUGAUCACACAGAUGAUAAACAAGUAGAAGAAUUAUUCAAUAAAAUCAACAAAGAACAAAAUGGACGAUUGGAUCUCUUGGUGAAUAACGCAUAUUCAGCAGUUCAAGCUUUAUUUCAAGGUCCAACAAACAAAUUCUGGAAACUCGACCCUUGCUUUUGGGACACUGUGAACACAGUUGGACUCAGAGGCCAUUACGUUGCAUCAGUGUUUGCAGCAAGAAUGAUGGUACCAGCAAAGCAGGGUUUGAUUAUCAACAUCUCGUCACCAGGGGGACUGAUGUACCUGUUUAACGUUGCUUAUGGUGCUGGAAAAGCAGGGGUUGACAAAAUGGCGCACGACUGUGCACAGGAACUGAGAAAACACAACGUUGCGGCUGUUUCAUUGCACCCUGGGCCUGUGAAAACUGAGUUGAUUAAUGACAUGUUGAGUCGAGCCCGAAAUGAUGGCAGAGUAGAUAAGACAACGAAAAUAUUUGAAAAUGGAGAAAGUACCGAGUAUGCUGGCAAGGGAGUCGUACACCUGGCAAGCGACCCAAACAUAAUGAAGAAAACGGGUCGUAUUUUAUUAGUGGGAGACUUGGCAUCAGAGUAUGGUUUUACAGACAUUGAUGGAAACGUACCACCUCACAGUAGGUACUUAAAAGAUUCUUUGCAGCUUAGUGGAUAUACGUGGCUACCGAUGUUUAUUCCAAGAUUUAUCACCAUCCCGCGGUGGAUGAUGGCUGCAUUUUUGCAUAAAUUAUAAACAAUACCAAAUAUCGUUGUUAUAAUUAUUAUUAUUACAACUGAUAUUCAAAUCGACUAUAAAAUAAUAUACAUUGAAUAACUCUAUGAAAGCUUUCUCGAAGUUUGUGAAUGGACAGUACGAAUUUACCUUUCAAAGACACAUAUCUAUGAAUAAUUGUUGACAAAUUAUAAGAGUAUCAGCUGUAGACGAUUGCUUGUUGAAACCACCCUGUUCUUCACUCAAAGAGCAAUACCCUUCAAGUCAUUUUAGUAAUAUGUGAUAAAAAAUAAUGCGACUAAAGAUUGUUAUAUUGU